GGACUCUGUCAAAAUUUUGAUUAGCGUAUCAAAGCUGAUAGAUUUGACUUACCCCUGCUCUGAACGAUCACAUGCCUUCAGUAUCUUGUCCAAUAUGUCUGCAGCCUGUUCUGGAGGAGAACAUCAAUAAACAUCUGGACAGCGGCUGUAGUAUUCAUGUGGCACCUCAAGGAGAACCCUCAUCUCGGCCCAAAAACACGGCACUUAAGAAGUUGGCACCGAUAUUCAGCCAGACUCGUGACAAGCACACCAGCACUCUAGCUGACGACCCUUUAGUACCUCCAUCGAUGACCCAAGACACGCCCACAACUUCCAAGAAACGAAAGUUUCAAGUGUCAUCAGUGUCGAGCAAACGCUUCAAGGACACGCCCUCUAACUUCAAGUCUUCCGUGCCUCUUGCGGAAAGGCUUCGCCCAAAAUGCCUGGAUGAAUUUUUCGGGCAGAAGCACUUAACUGGCCCUGAGUCUCUUCUGAUGAGUAUGUUGGACAGUGGUAUUAUUGGUAGUCUUAUAUUAUGGGGACCACCUGGCUGUGGGAAGACCACUUUGGCAAGAUUAUUGGCACGGCACGUGGACUGCAAUUUCAGGGAGCUAAGCGCUACUUCUUCUGGUACGAACGAUGUUCGCACAGUGCUCGAAGAGGCUAAAGCAACUCUUUCAUUGACUGGAAGAAAAACAAUACUGUUUCUGGACGAGGUCCAUCGAUUCAAUAAGGCACAACAGGAUGUCUUCCUUCCAUGUAUUGAGCAAGGCCAAAUACAAAUGAUCGGAGCGACAACCGAGAACCCGUCAUUCAGGCUGACAGGCGCCUUGCUGAGUCGUUGCAGAGUGUUAGUACUUGAGCGUUUAACAGAUGAUGAUAUCCGAGGUAUUAUCUCCAGUGCUGUAGAGCGAGUCUUGGCAUCCUCCCCUCGUGACUGUGAACAGCCAGAAACUGAAAGAGCGGCUAGCCCGCCGGUGGGUACAGAACCCAUGACAUCGCAAAAUUCGCUGUCUCGAUCUCAGUCUCAAUCCUCGCAGGCGCCUAUGAGUUGCAAUGGUCCACCUCUGCCGUACGCUCAACUCACAGACCGUGUCAUCUCUUCCAUCGUAUCUCUUUCUAUGGGAGAUGCCCGGACUGCGUUAUCUUUAUUAGAGCUUGUUCUGGCUUCUAAACCAGAUAGAGAUGAACAUGCCCUUCUCGCAUCAUUACGCCGAAGUGUCUCUGCUUCUUACGAUCGUGUAGGGGAGAGCCACUACGACAUGAUUUCAGCGCUUCACAAGAGCAUUCGCGGUAGCCAGGGUAGUGCUGCUAUGUACUGGUUAGCACGGAUGCUGACAGGAGGAGAGGACCCGUUGUAUAUCGCGAGAAGAUUGGUGGUCUGUGCAAGCGAAGAUAUUGGGCUGGCUGAUGCGCAUGCCCUUCCUUUGGCAAUGGCAGCUCUUCAAGCUUGCCAGGUUAUCGGUAUGCCCGAGUGCCGAAUCAAUCUAGCACACUGCGUAGGUUAUUUAUCAGAAGCGCCGAAAUGUACUCGCGCGUACGAGGCAUACAACCGAGCGGAGGUAGCGGCAAAGUUAGACCCGACAAUGCCUGUACCCAUGGUGGCCCGUAAUGCUCCGACAGCCCUCAUGAAGGAGCUUGGCUAUGCAGAAGGCUAUAAUUAUAACCCAAGUUUUCGGCACCCCGUGCACAAUGAGUUCCUCCCGAUUGCGUUUCGCGGCGAUAAUUUUUUAAAGGAGGUUGGAGAUCUGUCGGACAAGGUUUGGGAUGAGCAGGAGUUAUUGCGUUGGGAGCAAGAAGAGAAUGGCGGACGGUUAUGGAAAGGUCGUUCUUCUGCUUAACACCGUGAUUGAACUCUGUAUCGUUUGACUGUUGUCGAUCCCUUCUUUGUUGCUAUGCCACCGCAUUGCGGGUAACAUUUA